UUUUUUCAUCGUACACAUUCAUUCAUCUCGAAUUUUGUUGCUUGUGAAAAUAAUUGUCAUCUUUGUGAUCUGAAUAGUGAAUUGUAUCAUUUUGUAGUUUAAAUUAUUACGAUUGUGUUUGCUUUGUUCAGUAUGGAUAAUCACAUCGAAUUGUUGAAAACUCACAUAUCUAGUAUAAAUGUACCGCAACCUAACGAUAAGGUUUACAAAGAUGAAUGCGUGUAUUCGUUUGAUUCUCCGUUCACGGAUACUGGCUUAUACGUUUGCAUGAAAACUUUCUAUGGCCUGGGAAAGGAGCAUUUAGAACGACACCAUCGUAAAACGGGCAGUUGCGUUUAUGUUCACAUGAAAUAUGAGAAAAUUUUGUUGGAAACUAAUGAACCAGAAUUAGCAGAAAGUAAAAAACCCACACGUUUAGCUAUCGGCGUACAAGGAGGAUUUGAUGCUGAUCCUUUAUCUAAGAAAUUUGAAACGAGGAAAAGCUACUCUAUUGUAAUUUUACCACAGCUAGUCAUAAUCCCGUGGCCGAACGAUGGUUUACCUGAAAAAGCAAUUACUGCGGUUUAUGGAAUAAUCAAUGCAGAAUCGGCUAGUAGAUUGGCUGAGUUGGAGUCCGGAGCGUGGGAUGGAGAAAUCAGAGCCGUAACGAAACACACAAACUUGGUGCAAGUGGAGACGAAUAAGAAAGUUCCUCCGAGUGGUUGGAAAUGCGAGCGUUGUGAAUUGACGACGAAUCUGUGGCUGAACUUGACUGAUGGUGCUAUUAUGUGUGGUCGUAAAUUUUUCGAUGGAACUGGUGGAAAUGAGCAUGCGUUGAAGCACUUCCAUGAAACCGGAUAUCCCUUGGCUGUUAAGUUGGGAACCAUUACAAAAGAUGGAAAAGCGGAUGUGUUCAGUUAUGAUGAAGACGAUAUGGUUGAAGAUCCUCAUUUAGUACAACAUUUGGCUCAUUUCGGUAUCAAUACAGCCAAUAUGGUGAAGAGUGAUAAAUCGAUGGUAGAAUUAGAGCUGGAUUUGAAUCAGAAAUUCGGGGAAUGGGCUGCUAUUCAAGAAGCUGGUAGUAAUUUGCAACCGCUGUAUGGGCCAGGAUAUACAGGUUUAAAUAAUCUAGGAAAUUCCUGUUAUUUGAAUAGUUCUGUUCAAGUGUUGUUCACAGUUCCUGGAUUUAUUAAAAAAUACGUCGAAGAAGCUCCAAGAAUAUUUGAUGGUGUUACUGGAAAUCCAGCGCAAGAUUUCAAUGCUCAAAUGGCGAAAUUAGGUACUGGACUGCUAUCGGGGAAAUAUUCGCAUCAACCAGAAGAUGAAUACGACAAUUCGUUUAGUAUUUCUCCUAAUAUGUUCAAAACUGUGAUUGGAAAGGGUCAUCCUGCAUUUUCCUCCAAGAAUCAACAAGAUGCGCAAGAAUUUUUCCUAUACUUGCUGACUGUUGUUGAGAGAAACAGUCGACAUCAAUUUGAUCCCACUGAAUGCUUCAAAUUCAAAAUUGAAGAAAGGUAUCAAUGUCGUUCUAGUUCAAAAGUGCAAUAUUUCUAUCGUACGGAUAGUUGUUUACCUUUGAUGAUACCUUUGGAUGCUGCAAUAAAUAAGUCUGAAGUUUUGGAAUAUGAAGCCAAACUAGCUCAACAUGCUGCAAGUGGGAAUAAAGGAGAGCCUAUAGAAAUAGUAAGACCUCGCAUAAAAUUUGAAUCUUGUCUGCAAGCAUUCAUUCAGAGUGAAGUUGUCGAUCAAUUUUAUAGCUCUGCCAUCAAAGGAAAAACUGAAGCUCUCAAAACUACUCGCCUAUCAAACUUUCCGCAAUAUUUAAUAAUUCAUUUGAAGAAAUAUACUCUCCGUGAAGACUGGACCCCGGUUAAAUUAGAUGUUUCGGUUGAAGUUCCAGACAUUCUUGAUUUAUCGGCUUUGAAAGGGCUCGGAUUACAACCUGGUGAAGAAUUAUUACCCAGCGAAGAUGAUGCAGCUCAAGGAGGAGUUCAGUUUAAUGAAGCACUGUUAGCGCAAUUGAUGGAUAUGGGCUUUCCUAUCGAUGCGUGCAAACGUGCGUUACAUUUCACAAAAAAUGAAAAUCUAGAAAAUGCGACCAAUUGGUUAAUGGAACAUAUCGACGAUCCUAGUAUAAUGGAACCUUUUACUCUUCCUAAAACUAGUAACAGUCGUGCUGCUGGAGGUUCAUGUUGUUUGACAGAUUUUGUAGUCGAUGAAGCAGCUGUGGCUCAACUUAUAAGUUUUGGAUUUACGAGAAAUCAUGUUAUAAAAGCUCUGCAAGAAACCAGCAACAGUGUAGAACGAGCUGCUGAUUGGUUAUUCAAUCAUCCAGAUGAUGGUGACACUGUAAUGAUGGAUACGAGUCCUGCGCCAACAUCUGAACCAGCGCCAGGGCAAUCGAGCUCAGCCAGUGAAUCAGAUUAUCGUUACCGUCUGAAAGCUUUCAUUUCUCAUAUGGGACCAUCGCCGGCUGUUGGCCAUUACGUUUGUCAUAUAAAUAAACAAGAUAAGUGGGUGAUUUAUAACGAUGAAAAAGUCGCGUUGUCUGAGAACCCACCGAAAGAUCUUGGUUAUGUUUACUUUUUUGAAAGAAUUUAAUUUUGUUUGAUUAUUGUAUGUAAUGCUUACUUUAAUGAAUGCUGCUUUGAUUUUUGUGAUGUAAUGUAUGUUAUACUGUUUAUUUUCCCUAUUUUUUUUUUUUUUUUUUUUUU